UUCGAGCGGCGGGCGGCGGGUGGGGCCUCCGCGGGCGGAGGCACCGGGAGCGGGGACGACGCCUGUCAUCGCUCCAGGCCCAGCGGGAGAACACACCAACAUCCCCGCUGCUGUGCUGUGCUGGGCCCGGGGCGUGCCCGCGGCUGCUCCCACCUCAGGGACGAGGCUGGGGCCCCCCGGGGUGGGAGGGGGGCUCGGCGGGCAGAGCCUGGGACUGGGCUCGCUCUCUCUCCCCCCGAGGGCAGAAUCGUGGGGCUCCUGACCCACGGCUGGCUGACCCACGGAGGCCACGGCCAUGCCCGGCUGGCCCUGGGGGCUGCUGCUGACCGCAGGCACGCUCUCUGCAGCGCUGAGCCCAGGCCCGCUGGCACCCGCCGACCCCUGCCAUGAUGAGGGGGGCGCACCCCGCGGCUGCGUCCCGGGCCUGGUGAACGCAGCCCUGGGACGUGAGGUGCUGGCGUCCAGCACGUGCGGGCGGCCGGCCAAUCGAGCCUGCGACGCCUCGGAUCCGCGGCGGGCACACCCUGCCACCCUCCUGACCUCAGCAGGGGGCACUGCAAGCCCUCUCUGCUGGCGCUCCGACUUGCUGCAACGCGCACCCCUCAACGUGACCCUCACAGUGCCCCUGGGCAAGGCUUUUGAGCUGGUCUUCGUGAGCCUGCGCUUCUGCUCUACUCCUCCAGCCUCCGCGGCCUUGCUCAAGUCCCAGGACCACGGUCGCAGCUGGACCCCACUGGGCUUCUUUUCCUCCCAUUGCGGCUUAGAUUAUGGCCGUCUGCCUGCGCCAGCUGAUGGCCCUGCAGGUCCAGGGCCAGAGGCCCUCUGCUUCCCGGCCCCCCAGACCCAUCCUGAUGGCGGAGGUCUUCUGGCUUUCAGUGUGCAGGAUGGCAGCCCACCAGGCCUGGAUCUGGACAACAGCCCAGUACUCCAAGACUGGGUGACUGCCACGGAUAUCCGCAUAUUACUCACAAGGCCUGCCAUGCUGGAGGAUGCCAGGGACGACGGGGAGGUCACGGUCCCUUACUCCUACUCAGCAACAGAGCUCCAGGUGGGAGGUCGCUGCAAGUGUAAUGGGCACGCAUCACGGUGCCUGUUGGACACCCAGGGCCACCUGACCUGCGACUGCCGGCAUGGUACUGAGGGCCCCGACUGCAGCCGCUGCAAGCCCUUCUACUGUGACAGGCCAUGGCAGCGGGCCACGGCGCAGGAAGCCCACGCUUGCCUUGCUUGUUCCUGUAAUGGCCACGCCCGCCGCUGCCGGUUCAAUAUGGAGCUGUACCGACUGUCUGGCCGUCGCAGUGGGGGCGUCUGCCUCAACUGCAGGCACAAUACUGCCGGUCGCCAUUGUCACUACUGCCGGGAGGGCUUCUAUCGCGACCCAGGCCGUGCCCUGAGUGACCGGCGUGCGUGCAGAGCUUGUGACUGUCACCCCGUUGGUGCCGCCGGCAAAACCUGCAACCAGACCACAGGCCAGUGUCCCUGUAAGGAUGGUGUUACCGGUCUCACGUGUAACCGUUGUGCUCCGGGUUUCCAGCAGAGCCGUUCUCCCGUGGCGCCCUGUGUUAAGACCCCUGUCCCUGGACCCACUGAGGAGAGCAGACCUGUGGAGCCACAAGACUGCGAGUCACACUGCAGACCUGCUCGUGGCAACUACCGUAUCAGCCUGAAGAAGUUCUGCCGGAAGGAUUAUGCGGUGCAGGUGGCGGUGGGUGCGCGCGGCGAGGCGCGGGGUGCGUGGACGCGCUUCCCAGUGGCCGUGCUCGCGGUAUUCCGCAGCGGCGAGGAGCGCGCCCGGCGUGGGAGCAGUGCGCUGUGGGUACCGGCUCGUGACGCGGCCUGCGGCUGCCCGCGCCUCCUACCCGGCCGGCGCUACUUGCUGCUGGGAGGCGGCGGGUCAGGGGCCGCGGCCGGGAGCGCGGGAGGCCGGGGACCUGGACUCAGUGCCACCCGUGGAAGUCUCGUGCUGCCCUGGAGAGAUGCGUGGACGCGGCGCCUGCGGAGGCUGCAGCGGCGCGAGCGGCGGGGGCGUUGCGGGACGGCCUGACCCGGAGGGCUGGGCA